AUGGCUGAAUCGUCGUCAAAUGCAAAUGGGAAAGCCCCUACUGGCCUUGAUAGCAAUGGAAUCAAUACAAUGGUAGAACUUCUCGAGAAACAGCUUCAAAUUCUCAAAUCGUUUCAAAUUCCUAGUAUCGAACGCAGCCCAACCCAAUUAGUAAGAAAAACAAAGAUGCAUUUCUCAGAGAAGCCGAUUUUCGAAAUACUAAAAGACAUCAUGCAAAGUCUCGAGUCCAAUCAUAAAGAGAAUUAUGUCGGAGUCAUCAGCCCCAUAGAAUUUGCCAGAAUAAAUUUCAUUGAGUGGAUUACGGAAAUACGACUGGUUGAGUGUCACCUGCCGUCUCUCUCCUAUACAGCGAUGGCCUAUUAUGCAGGUCGUGUUCCUUUCUCAUCUUGCGGGCGACCUGAAAUAUCCCUAGACCAGAGCAUCUAUAGUUUCCGGGGUUUGAAGGACAAGCAGUUGAUGCAUGAGCUUGCAAAUGCUCUCCUAAGACACUGGCCGGCAAAUAGCAUUCCUGUACUAGACCCCUCAGAAAGUGGAUAUUGGGAUGCCAAGAAAGUCAUAGAUCAAGAUACUGAAAAGCAGCUGGGUACACUUUUGUAAGUGCGACUCAUUCUAUCCUAGUAUUGUUUCGGGUACAACUUACCCUAUCAUGGAGAUACGAGCUCAAGUUAUAUCGAUGGACAUUAUGUCUUGCCCAUCAACCGAGCAGAGUCAAUAGCGUGUCUUCUUGCCAACCGUGACCGUAGGAAGAGUAUACUCGAGUCCAGCAUCUUCUUUCUUGGCCGGUACUGCGGCCCGUGGCAAUCCUCUAUAUCACAUAAUACGAAACGGGAAACUAGGUAUCGUGUCAAUGAGCUCGAGGGAAGAGUCCACGUUGAGCUUCGGCUUCAGCUGUAUAUGAGAGCUUUUACUCUUAAUAAGGCCGACAAGCUUUCCAGAAAGGAUGCUUCAAUUGAUGGCAUUAUCUGUGAUCGGCUUGCGGUGUCAACCAAGAUACCAGUUGCGGCAGAAGAUGUCUCGUGGGGUGUGAUGGAACGUCGAUGGGCAUGCGAUAUCCGCUACCCCGUUCCUGUGCCUGAGAAUGACGAGAUGGGGUUUGUAGUUCUACGGAUGGUUGACUACAAUUUAUUUCUUGAAGAAGAGGGUGAGCAAGAAAUGAACUCAGACUUGAACUCUGAUAGCCGAUUGGCGGGCAUUCUUGUCUUCCAAAAACUUUUUUUUUGAAGGCUGCGUUGAGUGGGAAGGCGAAUGGAGAGGUUUACUGAAAGAUCUUGACCUCUUUAUUGGAUUCAAUGUGCGCAAGCUUCUCCGAUACUUGUGAGAGGAUCCCAAGUACUGACUGUUGUAUUUCAGGUCAACGACAUGUCGGAUAAGCAGCUUCGUCAUCAGCUGAUGUAUGAUGAUCGAAAGCUUAGCCGAUCAGAAAGUUAUUUUCUAAUUCUUCAAUUGCUUCGUGUGUUCGAAGAUUGGAUAAAGACUACCAACCACGAGAUUGUACAAAUUGCCGAGGAGUGUGAGCAAGAAAUAUCUAAUCUAGGAUUUCCAGAUCACGACGUGUCAGCAAACUGGGAGAUUAUUUGUUCCGCUCAACGCAAGAGAACCCAAAGCCUGCUGACUCAUAUCGGCAAAGAGACAGAAGAGAUUGAGCGUCUUCGUUCGGGCGUGAGUACAUUUCAACUACGGUUUCCUUAAUUACCAAGCUAAUCGUUAUAAGCUAUACAAUGCUCUAUCUGUCAGGGAAGCAACAAGAAGCACGCGGAUGAACCAAAUAAUGUUACUCUUCACUUUGGCAACUAUCCUCUACCUCCCACCCACCUUCGUUACGGUAUGUAAUAUUGCCUCAAUCAUGCCUUGGUCACUGACAUGUGAAAACAGACUUCAUGGCACUUGACCUUUUUCAAGCUGCUGACCAAACUCAUUUCUGGUACGUCUUUGGUGGCACUAUAGGCGUCACAUAUCUCGCCGUGAUAGUCGCAUUGAGUGCCAUAUACCGAGGGGAUAUCAUGGAUACCAUUGUAAUUGCCAAAAAAUGGUUCACAAUGAAGAGAACGACCAAGGAAAAGGCCGGUGAUUCGCAGACUGAACCUAGCCGUGACACCCAAGCUCCACUUUUUAGUGGUCUAAGGAAAAGGUUUCACAAGAGGAGAUCUAGUGAAAGACGAAUAUAAAGCUGGGAAGCAUGGAGAAUGCCUUGAAGUGGGUAUUGAGCGAGAUUGGCAACAUUUGAGGGGAGCUCCUUCCCGUAAUCACCGUAGUAACCUAAGCGAGCCUCUCCCUACGUAGGAAACAAGCUUCAAACUACUACCUCAAACGCACCUUCCCAUCACCCCAACCUUGGUUCUAGAUAACAAUCUCCUCAAACUCACCUUCUUACAUGACAAAAGCAAAUCACAACCACCUCUCAACUCCACCCGCGCUUCAACACAGCCAGCAUAACCUUCAAAGAAAAAAAAACCAUCACUUACUCCACCAGCGCACACACACGUUUCCAAAUAUCUCCAUCAACCUGUACCUACAUCCCACCCUGACAAAGCAGCACCCUAUUCGCGCAUUCGAAAAACAAAACAAAAAUGACAACCCAACACCCCCCACUCCACCCAGCCAUCCCAACACUCUACGCCGAAAAACACAAAUCCCGCCUCCCCUACUCGCGUCUCCGUCCAAUGACACCCCAAGGAUCGCGCAGGAGCGACCAUCUACGCUCACGAUCGAGUCCCGCGUCGACGAAUAGCAGUUACACACCCACGUAUUUCGUGUCCAGCCUUGCGAACUCGAGCUCGACUAUUGGACAAAACUUGUGGGGGUUGAGUUCCGUUGGAGCAGAUCUGGCCAGCUCGACAUCAAUCUCAUUCGAUUUCACGAGUCCUAGUUUCGGUUUCAGAGGCUUCGAGGAAGAAGAUCUCCGCAGACUCCCAACCUCAAUCUCAAAUGAAAACGAAAACGACACUCCCCACGAAGACGAGAAUACCCUCUCCCUCCCCCUCCCCCUCCCACCAAUACCUCACACCCCACCACCUCUCCUCUCCACCCCAUCACCAAACCCCCGCCAUCCUCCAGUUUCUACAAAUCCAGCCUCCCCUCCUCCGCAAGCACAGCUCCAAAACGGCCAGUCGAAAAGAGAGAAAGAGCAACAAAAGAGCAAAGGGAGGAAUAAGGGCGAAGGAUGGGGUGUAGCUGUUUAUAUCCUCCUUUCUUUGCAUGUUUUGUUGGUGUGGGUGGGUCUUGUUGCGUGGGUUGGGAGGAUGGGACGGGGGGAGGGGGUGGGAGAGGGAUGUGGACCUGUUAGUUUGGUGGAGUUUUGGGGGGAUGGGGAUGUUGNUGGGGGGUUGGGGGAGGAUGAGGAGGAGGAUGUGAGGGGUGAUAGUGAGGAUGUUUUUGAGAUUGUUUGGGCUUGA